UUUGAUUAUAAGUACGUAUAUUAUAAUUUAGGCCAUGGAGUCUGGAGUGAUAACGGGGAUCGCCGAUUCAUUCUGUCUAUCUUGUCACACAUACCUCAAAUUAAAGGAUGUUGAAAAGCAUAUCACUGAUUCUGCUCAUCAAAAGACUUUUGCAUCUACAAGCUAUGUGGGAAAAUAUCAAGAAGAUCGCAUCAGAAAGGUAAAAGUGGGAUAUUUUUGUGAAAUUUGCAACCUGAUAUUACAAACUAAACCAAAAAUUAGAAUUCAUAUUAAUGAAGUUGCUCAUGUUGACAAUAAAAGUAUCCAACAAUUAAAAGACACUGACGAAGGAGUCGUAGCAUUUGAUGACAUAUUAAUCGAGCAGAAUGCCUGGCAGGGCUUAGCUGAUGGAUCCUGUUUAAUAUGUAAUGUAGAUUAUUCAUAUGAAGAAGACCAUAGGAAAGACACUUCUCAUAUAUUAAAACUUAUUCAGAGUAAAUUUGAAUUGAACAAAAACAAAUUUGUUUAUCGGAAGGUUGAUGAGAACACAUUCAACUGCUUGACUUGCAAUUCAUUAAUUACUGCAGAAUCUAAAGAAGGACAUUUUAAUGAAACUGAACACAAAAAUAAUUACUUGAAAUGUCAAAAUGUUAAAAAGCAUGUUAUUAGUUCCGAUUGUCCCAUUCAUGAUAAAAAUAAUAAUGAAGCAAAAAAACCUACCAGUAAAACUAAUUCAGAAAAUGUAAUUGAUACUGAAGGCCAUAUGGACAAGUCUCAGAAUGAAAUUGUUGCAUAUGUUAAUGAUUCAGAACAUUCUAAAACAUCUGAUACAGAAAAUGAAUUAUUAACACCAUCUGAAGCUUUAAGUAAAGCAUUAGAAUUUGCUAAACAAAACAAAUUGAAAUAUAAACGUAAUGGCACAUAUUGCAAAUUGUGUAAUAUCAAAUUUACUUCAACAUUGAAGAUGAUGAAGGAACAUGUGGCAGAAUCAUCUCAUAAAGAAAAGUCUACAAUAAAAAAAAAAAUCACAAUAAAUAAAGUACCAACAUAUAACUUCGUAGAUGAUUCAUGUACAAUAAAGGGAAUUUUUCACUGGGAUUUUAUAAUUAAUGAUGUAAUUUGUAUAAGCCUUUUUAGUUUUCAUUUGAUAACUACACAUUUAAGUAAAUGGAGAUGUCAGGCAUGUAAUAUUACACUUGAUUCUAACACAAUUGAAAAACACCAGUACAAUAUAAGGCAUAUAAAAAAAAUGGAGCCAAUACCUGUCAUUAUAGAUUUCAAAACAGAAUUUGUGCGAGAGAUAACACCAACAGUUUAUCAUUGCGGAUACUGCAAUUUCAUUGAAAAUAGUUUGGAAGGAUUAAAAAAUCAUUUGCAAUCAAUCAAUCACCAAGAAAAAAAAGUAGCUGCCCAAAUACGUCUACAAAAAUAUUUGCCCGAAAUAAGGGCCGAUAGAAAUCGAACAUUAUUAUUUGAAUUAUUUUCUUCUCAAUUCCUAUGAGAGUCAUAAAUCUCU